CUGACACUGUAUAUCCUUCGUCCGACAAGGCAUUUUUACUUGGAUCCUUAAGAUGCUGAAGAGGUGCACAACAAGCUUACAACGAUCACCUCACUUUCUCCCCUACAUAGACCAGAAGUACUAGUAGUGGUGGACUGGUUUGUUCACGGCCCUUAUUAUAGGUCCAUUGUGACCUACAUUGUAUACCCGCAGGGCAGAUUAUUCUCACAAUAGGCUAGCUGAAAACCUGUCCGAAAAUGGGGCAAAUCACCUGACUGGAAGCCGAUCGUGCCGGCUACUUGUCUAACGCACGCCGUGCUAAAACAGUUUCUGCCUUGUCGGCGUUCGUCCUCGUCUUGUUCUUAUGCCAUGGCGGAGUUUCUGAUCGGAGGGGUUUCAGCUUGCGGCGCCACCCUGUUCAGUAACCCACUAGCGGUUGUGAGAACCCGCAUGCAGCUGCAAGGUGAGCUGAAGUCCCGCGGGACGUACCAGCGGCAUUACCGGAACGUGUUUCACGCCUUCCUCACCAUCGGCCGUGUGGACGGACUGCUGGCACUACAGAAGGGACUGGUCCCCGCAUUAUGGUCACAGUUCUUCAUGAGUAGUGUUCGACUGGGUACAUACCAGACCCUGGAUAACCUAGGUCUGACCACAGACAAAGAUGGGAACGUGGUUUGGUGGAGAAGUAUUGUGGCCGGGGCAGUGUCUGGUUGUGCCGGAGCUUUUGUGGGCAGCCCUAUUAUCAUGGUGAAGACCCAGCUCCAAUCCCAGUCUGCAUCUGCCAUCGCCGUGGGUCACCAACACACCCAUGCCAGCAUGACCCAGGGGUUAAAGGCCAUAUACAAAGAAUAUGGAAUUCUUGGUCUGUGGCGAGGGGUCAGUGGGGCCAUGCAAAGGGUCGCGGUGGGGUCGGCAGCCCAGCUCAGCACGUUCGCUAUCUCGAAGGAGAAGAUACGGAACUUGGGGAUAUUUCCACACGACAGUUUUGCAGUGCCGAUGCUGGGAGCCAUGGUCAGCAGCGUUGUCGUGGUUACGCUCAUGACGCCAUUUGACGUCGUCUGCACACGACUCUACAACCAGCCGGUGGACGUCAAGACGGGGAAGGGAGCGCUGUACCGGGGCCUGCUGGACUGUUUCGCAAAGAUCGUCAAAAACGAAGGAGUCUUGGGGCUCUACAAGGGAACUGGGGCCUCGUAUUUCUGCUUAGGACCUCAUAUAAUCUUAGGCAUGCUUUUCUGGGACCAGCUGAGACUACUGUACUUGCAUACACAGAGGGGAAAAGACUUGGCUAAGUACUAAAAAGUAGAUUUAGGAAUUCGAAGAUGCCUUUGACCCAAUUGCAAUGCUGAUGUCACACUUCAGAGACGUCUCACUCGGUCAGACUAUUGAAGAAGACCAGUACAACUGGUCAAAAGUUCAGUACUGUAUUAUAUAGAUUAGUACAUUUGUAGUAUUUAGAGUUAUAAAAUGAUAAGGAUAAUUGUGUGUCUUAAAAUGCACAGUGACUGUUGAACAUAACAUAUAUCACAACAUGUCUUCUCAGACAUUUGACAUAUUAAAGUGUUACAUUUCAUACAA